CUUACAUGGACCACAUAUCCACGACAGCUUAGUUGAAUGCAUUGAACGCGAUUGCAACUCUUCCAGAUGUGGGCAGCCGCCCGCGCCACAGCGCGUCGGAGUGCUCUUGGAGCGCUGUCCAGCGUGGCCGAGCGCACCGCUUCGAAGGCCGUGGCCGAACAAGGCCGGAGCUUCUACUUCCCGAGGAAACUUUGGCUGCCUUGGCGUGUGCGCUUAGUCCGCGAAAGACAGGCCGCGCUGCGGCGGAAGCGGCACCUGUGGCCCCGGCGGAGGGACCCGGAGGAGGAACCCAUUUUCGGCGAUAAGGACCAGGACAUGGUCUCCUUCACUGAGAAGGAGAUCCGCAUGAGCUUUCGGAAGCUGUUGCAUUAUGCCAAGCUGAUGAAGCGGAAACAGAUCCAGGACGCCUAUGAGUGGGUCGAUUCGUUGUCGCGGAUGAAGUCGGAGCCCAUCCUGAAGCUUAUUCAAAAGGCGAUGGAUGAGGUGAAAGAGAAGCGCGGCUGGGACUUGGCGCGGACCUAUCUGUGGGACCCGCAGCCUGGCUUCGGGUUCUUCGUGAAGAGCCUGCGGAAGCACUCCCGCGGCCGCUACGGCAUCAUCCACAGCUGCAGGAAUCGCUUCACCAUUCGCUUGCGUCAGAUGCCCUUAGAGGAGUGGUUCCACUGGCUCUACAUCUAUGGGAAGGUACCUAAGACGCUGUCGGGUGACAUGCGCCUGGCGCUGGCACAGAAACGCGCGCUUGGGAAGUCCAAUGUGGGUUGUGUCUCUCAAGGGGAAGACACCCUUUUCCAACAGAGCUCCUGUUGAAGUCUCAAAAAGAAGAACACAACCACAUCGAAUCUGGUAAGGCUCAGAAAACAUGGCCUGGUCAGGCUUAGAAGACAUGUUUGUCAUGGUUUGCCUUGGACCCAAAGAUAGUACUUCUUUCUGUGCCCUUCAUGUAGACGGACGUCCAUGUCCGGUCUGAAAGGAACACCGGCCACAGCGAUGUGUUUGGUGAAACUGUUGAAAGUCCAACUUAGAUUCCCACGAUGAACUUGUCCUUUACCAAAUGGAAUGUAGCACAGAAUCACCUAUGCAUGGAGCCGCACGCGGACAGGACGGUGGACGUGUUGAAUCAUCGAUCCAGGAUCCUCCAGAAUUCACCAACACGACGGUCGUGUGUUCUUUUCUGUUUGGGUGUCCA